GUCCCGUACCAACAUAGAAGCUUAUCAGCUGUUGGCACUGGUCGCUUCGCUUGAAUCGCAUUGUCGAAUUUUUAUUUACAUUUCGCUGUCCGUUUCUGUUAGGAACUUUUCUGUCCGUAUUGUGUGCUGUGCGUCACAAUUAUUCAUCGCUUUUUAAAUUAUUCAGAUCAAAUCCAAAGUCAAGCCACACUGUUUUCGGGCUGCAGCUGCAAUCCAUAUCCGUAAAGUUCAGCGCCUCCGCACCAAUGCAGUGUUACACAAUUCGAUUGCAGUGCUUCGGUGAAAAUUUUGUUUGAUUGACAUUAGUAUAUGGCUUAUAUUUAUAGUAUUAUGAUGCUGUAAUCUGUAACAAACAUUGUUGAUAAAAACCAGCGGUGCAAAAGUGUUAUCUCAUUCUAAGGCGCAAUUUGUGGCAGACGAUAGUGCUCUCGAGAGGGUGACAAUCAGUCUUGUAGAAGCUUCGCUGGUAAUCGGAUCGGAGUCGUCGAGCAUCUAUCAAUCAUGACGAGUGCUGGAAAAUAUAACUUCGCUAUCGAUCGAGGAGGCACCUUCACUGAUGUGCUAUGUAUUACACCGGAUGGAGGAAUUCGUACGUUGAAAUUGUUGUCGGAGGACCCGGCCAACUACCCGGAUGCACCGACCGAAGGUAUUCGCCGUAUCCUUACCAUGGAGAUGGGUGAUCUGUCGCGUACGCCUGACGGCUUGGUGAACACCGAAUUGAUCGGCUGGGUCCGGAUGGGAACAACGGUGGCAACGAAUGCCUUGUUGGAGAGGGCCGGUGACCCAGUGGCUCUGGUUGUUAAUCGGGGCUUCCGGGAUUUGCUGCAGAUUGGAAACCAGGCCCGGCCGAAUAUCUUUCAGCUGAACAUCCAAAAACCAUCGAAUCUUUACCGCGAGGUUAUCGAAAUCGACUGCCGGCUAGUGCCAGCCCAACGUGACGUGUGCCAACUGGAGCAAAACUGGACCGAGUUGCACGGUGCAUCCGAUGCCCGCUACCUGGAAAUGGUGCCCAUCGACGAGAGCCAAAUACGCGCCAAGCUGACUGAGACACUGGCCAAGGGGAUCACUUCGUUGGCGGUCGUUCUAGCGCACAGCUAUGCCUGUCCGGAUCACGAGCUGCGUGUUGGGACCAUCGCACGAGAGGUUGGCUUUCGCCAUGUAACGCUGUCCCAUAAAGCUAUGCCCAUGUGUCGAGUAGUGGCCAGAGGAUUUACUGCUUGUGCCGAAGCGUAUCUGACGCCGCAUGUGGAACGUUACCUGGCUAGUUUCCGAGCCGGAUUCAAGGAUCAACUGGAAGGAGUGGAUGUUCUGUUCAUGCAAAGCGAUGGCGGAUUGACGAAGAUGGAAAACUUUAGGGGAGCUAGGGCUAUUUUGAGCGGACCUGCGGGAGGUGUCGUAGGUUAUGCCGUGACUGGUUCCAGGGACUCCGAUGAUCAGCCGUUGAUUGGGUUCGAUAUGGGUGGAACGUCAACGGAUGUUUCCAGAUUUGCUGGAACAUAUGACCACGUGGUAGAAUCUACAACAGCGGGAGUUACCAUCCAAGCGCCUCAGUUGGAUAUCAACACUGUCGCAGCAGGUGGUGGAUCACGUUUGUUCUUCCGUUCGGGACUGUUUGUAGUAGGUCCGGAGUCGGCUGGGGCUCACCCGGGACCCACGUGCUACAAGAAAGGUGGACCGCUGACGGUGACGGAUGCCAAUUUGAUACUGGGUCGUUUGUUGCCUGAGUAUUUCCCUAAGAUUUUCGGUCCUGAUGAGAAUGAAGCGCUAGAUUACGUUGCCACUAAGGAGGCGUUUACCAUUCUGCAGCAAGAGAUCAAUAAGCAUGUUCUUGAAUCCGGCGAAAGCGAAAAGCCGUUUUCGCUCGAGCAGAUUGCAAUGGGUUUCAUUCGAGUGGCCAACGAAGCUAUGUGUCGACCAAUUCGAGCUUUGACCCAGGCUCGUGGUCUUGACACGUCGAAACAUGUUUUGGCUUGCUUUGGAGGAGCUGGGGGACAGCAUGCCUGUAGCAUUGCCAAAGAACUUGGCAUGAGCAAGGUGUUGGUGCACAAAUACGCUGGAAUACUGUCUGCUUACGGUAUGGCACUGGCAGAUGUGGUCCAUGAGGCGCAAGAGCCUGCUAGUUUGGUACUAAAUGAGCAGAAUCGAUUAACGAUUAGGGAUAAAUUGAACGAACUAUCUCUCGCUUGUAAGGAACAUCUCAUGUCACAAGGUUUCCAAGAAGAGUGCAUCGUACUGGAGCCAUACUUACAUCUGCGCUACGAGGGAACUGAUUGCGCCCUGAUGUGUGCUCCAGACAAGGUAAUUAAUAAUCAAGAAAACUACAUUUACACUUACGGAGACUUUGAGAAAACCUUCUUCGAGAGAUACAAAAGUGAGUUUGGAUUUGUGUUGGAAAACCGCAGGAUCGUCGUAGAUGACAUAAGGGUGCGAGGUUCCGGAAAAUCUUCCGUUUACGAAGAGGCAACCAUUCCAGAAGCAGGUGGCCCGAUUUAUCCGGAGAAGACGACCACCACAUAUUUCGAGGAAGGUCCUAUGGUGACCCCAGUUUUCGAUUGUUCGAAACUUUGCAGCGGUCAUACCGUUCAAGGUCCGGCAAUUCUUAUCGAUAAGUUGUCUACAAUAGUAAUUGAACCGGGUUGUCAGGCAUUGGUGACUUCCAAAGGGGACUUGAUAAUUGAAGUGACAAGCGGCAAUGCUAACAAGAAAAUUGACGAACAUCUGGAUGCCGUGCAGUUGAGUAUCUUCAAUCAUCGCUUUAUGAGCAUUGCGGAGCAGAUGGGUCGAGUCCUACAACGUACGGCUAUUUCAACCAACAUCAAAGAACGAUUGGAUUUUUCGUGUGCUUUGUUCGGUCCAGACGGAGGUCUUGUCAGCAAUGCUCCGCAUAUCCCUGUCCAUUUGGGAGCCAUGCAGGAGACUGUUCAGUACCAGAUUAAAGUUCGAGGAGAGACUCUAAAACCGGGAGAUGUUAUACUAUCGAACCAUCCCCAAGCAGGGGGUUCCCAUCUUCCUGACUUGACUGUGAUUACUCCGGUCUUCUAUCCGGAGAUCCCCAAGCCGGUGUUUUUUGUUGCUUCUCGUGGCCACCAUGCUGAUAUUGGUGGCAUAACACCCGGCUCGAUGCCGCCUCAUUCCAAAUCUCUGGCGCAGGAAGGUGCUGCGUUCAAGUCUUUCCUACUGGUAGAUGGAGGCGUUUUCAUGGAGCAACAAAUCAUCGAACGUUUGGUUACGCCGACCGAUGCUCCGGGUGCGACGGGUACCAGAAAUUUAUCGGAUAACUUGUCCGAUUUGAAAGCGCAGAUCGCCGCUAACCAGAAGGGUAUUCAACUUGUUGCGGAACUAAUCGACAGCUACGGCUUGAGUGUGGUACAGGCCUACAUGGGCUAUAUGCAGCAGAAUGCCGAACUGGCCGUUAGAGAUAUGCUGAAGGAAAUCGCCAGAGAGAGCAGACUUAGGACGGGAUGUACCAUUCUCGAGGCAGAAGAGCACAUGGACGAUGGGUCGCCGAUUCGACUUCGAGUUUCCAUAGACGAAAAGGAAGGAUCGGCUGUUUGCGAUUUCAGUGGUUCCGGCCCUGAAGUCUACGGCAAUUGUAACGCACCUCGUGCCAUUACCUUGUCCGCAUUGAUCUACUGUUUGAGGUGUAUGGUCGGACACGACGUACCACUGAACCAGGGUUGCUUAGCUCCCAUCCAGGUAAUAAUUCCGAAAAAUUCGAUACUCGAUCCGUCGGACGAUGCAGCUGUGGUCGGAGGAAAUGUCCUGACUUCGCAGCGUAUCGUCGACACUGUCUUCAAUGCAUUCCAAACCUGUGCCGCAUCGCAAGGGUGCAUGAAUAAUGUAACGAUCGGCGAUGCCAAUUGGGGUUAUUACGAGACUGUUGCCGGAGGAAGUGGUGCCGGACCGGGAUGGCAUGGCACCGGUGGUGUGCAUACUCAUAUGACCAACACCCGCAUAACCGAUCCGGAGAUUCUGGAGUUGCGAUAUCCGAUAAUUCUGAAGAAGUUUUCGCUCAGAGACGACCAAUCGGGAGGAGCCGGCUUGUAUCGUGGAGGCGAGGGUGUUCAUCGAGAGCUAUUGUUCCGUAAGCCGAUGACGUUGUCGGUGCUGACUGAAAGACGCACUCUCCAGCCGUAUGGCAUAGCCGGUGGGGAACCGGCUAAGAGUGGUCUGAACCUACUAGUUAAGAAAAACAAAACCAUCAACCUUGGAAGCAAAACGGCAAUUGACGUUGAAACUGGGGAUAUCUUUUCCAUGAAAACUCCAGGAGGCGGAGGCUAUGGUCGUCCCGCGACAAACGCUUACCCCAUAUUGAACCUGGUGGAAGAUGACCUAGCAAAGGCGUUCGUCGAGCGCGGUAGCCUAUUCGAGUAUCGCAUGGCCCAGGAAUCCGUUUGAUGGCACGACGUAGGGUUUAACUUUAAUUUUUACAUCGUUUUGAUUGUUGUACUAAUUAUAAUCGUUGUAGUAAUGUUUAAGUAGCAUGAGAAAAAGUUUUAACGAAAGUUGCCAUCUAACAGUUUGCCAUUCAAAGUUUUAACUUCCCUCUCAGAUAAUCAGUUAUAUCCGUGCAGUAUACUCUCAGGAAGCACAAAAUCCUUACAUCCAAUUGUAUACCGUUUUUUGCGUAGAGUAUUGAAAUUUUCCAUCCUCAAUAAGUAGAUAUUGAAACGUUUGCCAAAACAUUUAAAAGCACAAAAUGUAACAGAUGUGUUCCAAAAAGUUCAACUAAGAGUUUACAACUGUAUACUAGAGAACCAUAUUAAGCAAUUUUCAUCUUUUACUAGGUUUUAAACAUGUGAUACAACGUGGUGUGAUAACCCCUUGAAGCACAAACAAUAAAAUCCAAAUUUAAAAUCCCUUUAGCGAAGAA